ACUCCAACCUUCUCUGGCUGCAGGCAGUUCACGUAUCAGCUGUGCAGUUGAAGGCACAGGUCCGACAGAAGCAGGCGAGCAGCCAGGACCUGCUUCCAUUUUCCUCAGAUUCUUGGCUUUUAAACUGAGGGACCCAAGCCGGGAAAAAGUAGGAUGGGGGCCGGAGCUAGCGCUGAGGAGAAGCGCUCCAGAGAGCUGGAGAAGAAGCUGAAAGAGGAUGCUGACAAGGAUGCAAGAACUGUGAAGCUGCUGCUGUUAGGGGCUGGAGAAUCAGGCAAGAGCACUAUUGUCAAACAGAUGAAAAUUAUUCACAAAGAUGGUUACUCACUUGAAGAAUGCUUGGAGUUUAUCACCAUCAUCUACAGCAACACCCUGCAGUCCAUCAUGGCCAUCGUGAAGGCCAUGAACACGCUCAAUAUUAACUACGGCCACUCUGAUCAACAGGAUGACGCCAGAAAACUCAUGCAUCUUGCAGACACCAUUGAGGAAGGAACCAUGCCCAAAGAAAUGUCAGACAUCAUUUUGCGCUUGUGGAAGGAUUCAGGCAUCCAGGCAUGCUUUGACAGGGCCUCAGAGUACCAGCUCAAUGACUCAGCUGGAUACUACCUUAAUGACUUGGAGCGACUGAUCCAACCAGGCUAUGUGCCCACUGAGCAGGAUGUGCUGCGAUCAAGGGUGAAGACCACUGGCAUCAUCGAGACUCAGUUCUCCUUCAAAGAUCUCAACUUCAGGAUGUUUGAUGUGGGUGGCCAGAGGUCAGAAAGAAAGAAGUGGAUCCAUUGUUUUGAAGGUGUCACCUGUAUCAUCUUUAUUGCUGCUUUGAGCGCCUAUGACAUGGUGCUGGUGGAGGAUGAUGAAGUGAAUCGAAUGCACGAGAGUCUGCACUUGUUUAACAGUAUCUGCAACCACCGCUACUUUGCCGCCACCUCGAUUGUCCUCUUCCUGAACAAGAAAGACGUGUUCCUCGAGAAGAUUAAAAAGGCUCAUCUCAGCAUGUGCUUCCCCGACUACGAUGGCCCAAACACUUAUGAGGAUGCUGGCAACUACAUCAAGGUACAGUUCUUGGACCUGAACAUGCGCCGAGACAUUAAAGAAAUCUACUCCCACAUGACCUGCGCCACAGACACAGAAAACGUCAAGUUCGUGUUCGAUGCCGUAACAGACAUCAUCAUCAAAGAAAACCUGAAAGACUGUGGUCUCUUCUAAGAGCCGGGCAGAGAAACUGAACGAGGGAUUCUGUUAACCUGUCACAUUCCUCGAACCCCAUUGGGAUUUAAUAACUGAAGAUGAAAACGAUCUCGUCAAAAAAAAAAAAAACAUCC